AUGUCAUUUCCACCAACUCCGACCGGUGAGAGUAGCUCACACUCCGGCAACUGCCAUUGCGGAGCCGUACGAUUCAAGUUCACUCUAUCCUCGCCCCUGCAUGAGUACCCCACCACGGAGUGCAACUGCUCCAUCUGCACGAAGAACGGCUUCUUGCUUGUCUACCCAUUUAACAAGGACUUUACCAUUGAGAAGGGCGAAGAUAAGCUGAAAGAGUACCAAUUUGCUCAGCGCAUAUCAACGCACCAAUUCUGUGGGGAGUGUGGAAGCAGUUGUUUCAUCCGUCUUCCGGAGGGCCACCCACCGAUUACCGUGGUCAAUGUGCGAAUGCUACAAGACUUUGAUAUUGAGAAAUUGAACAUCAGAAAGGUAGAUGGAAAGUCCAGGGGGGAAGAGUACAAUGUUUAG